AUGGUACGCUACCGCCUGCAGCUUUGCCCUCUUGCAGGACGUUUGCAGCGACAGCCUUGGCUACUGUGCUUGUGCAUUCCCUUGGUGGCUUUAAGCCUGCUGCUCCUUGCAGAUGUGUCUGGGAUGAGCGCGCCUUAUUUCCAGCCAGAACCAGAGGCAGAGGUCCAUGUCCCUGUCUCCCCGAUCAUUGCGCAGGGUAGGCCGGAAAAGCAGCAGCCUCUCACAGAGGCACCCACUCCAAAGUGCCAGGCUGGCAGUGCUUUCCAGACAAAGCUAGAAGAUUUUCAAUCGCUCCGCGCUGCUCAGACGGCUGAUCUUGUUUCGCCGUGGCCAGGCAAUGUUCCUGAGGCCACUCUUCAGAUGAUCUCCCAAGGCGUGAAGCGGAAGGUAGCUGCCUCUAUUGCAGUGCAUCCGCCAAAGUACUACGCCUUGGUCAUGUUCCUUGCAGAGUGGUUGCGGUGCCCAGCCGCUUUCGAGGCGCUGAGCAUUUAUGUGGUCUUCCAGUUCAAGCAGGACCUGAAAUUGUUUCGUGAAGCAGUUGCCUGCAUCAUUCCUGGCACUCCAGAAGUGUGGGUGCCUAUCAUCGCUAGCGAGCCCAAGAAGGGCUGGAUGAAGAAUGUUGGUCUUGGAAACCAGUACACAGCAGCCUUCAAGAAGUACUAUGGUCUUGCGGCCAUAAUGGACCUGGGCCAGGAGGAGUAUGGCUUGAUGCUGGACGCUGAGAUCAGCCUUUUUGACCUGCAUGCCAAGGCUUCUUCUGGAAGCGCAUGUAGUUCCACAGGUGCCUGGUCCAGGCUUCUUCCCAGGAUCCAGUCUGUUGAGCAGAAAAAGGUUUGGCCAGGGGCCAGGGUUUCAUCAACGCUGACGCAGUACAACUUUGGGACCUUUACAAAGUCUGGCAAAGACUACGACUUGCAUCUUCUCAGGGAGAAUGCUCGAUUUGUUAAUUUUGGCACAGACGUCACCGAUCGCACCUGCAAGCCCGACACUUGUAAGAAGAUCCUGCACCAGCUGAAGCACGUCAUAUGGACUUGGUGGACUGAUCUCCCAUGGGUGCGGCUAGAUGUCGCAAAGAGGAUGAUGGCGCAUCUCGCAAAGACAAACAUGGAGGAGGUCACCAGUUGGAGGCAAGUUGCCCAACGGCUCUUCUUCCCAAGGUUUGAAUACGUGCUUUACCAGAUGUGGACUAUGCUCUACGAUGGCUGGGACAUUCGGGAUGUAACAAACAUCACGAAGGAGGCCAAGUGGGGGUCUUAUUUGGAGGACCCGCAGCACGGGUCACGGCUUGCGGAGUUGCGGCCAAUGUGGGCUUCAGCGGAGACUGUGCUGAGGGAGGAAGAGGGAAAGAUCGCCAGCUUCUCCGAAGAGGAGCCUCCGGUUCUUAUCUUCCAUGUUGACCACGAGGGCUUAAGGUACAGCUUCGGCGGCCAGGAGUACAAAGAACUUUGGGAGCAGCUCUUGUUGGAGCUUCUGACUUUGCACAAAAGGGUCGACUACAAUGCAGAGAACAUCCACUGA